UAUAGUAUGAGUGCAUGCUAUGCUCACACUCUCACUGUCUCACUCCUCAGCACGUUCCUUUGCCCCCUCUCCAUCAAUAUAUCAAUCCAUCAUCAUCCCCCACUUCUCCAAAACAAACAAACAAAACUUUCCAUCUCUCUCUUUCACUCCAACUCAAAGCAUAACGACAAUGGACAUGUACGGUUCCCUUUCCAACCCUCCAGAUCGCCGACGCAAUAUAGAUGAUUUUCUAGACUUCUCUCACAACCACCUCCCUCCCCCUCAACACUCUUUCUCCGAUCAAUUCUCCGGCGACCCCAAUUUCUUCUCCAAUUUCCCCUCCGUCCCCAGGGAUGAAGCAGCAGAGCUGGAAUGGCUAUCACAUUUCGUCGAUGAUACGACGUCGUUUCACGAUCUCCCACCGAGCCACGCCAUUCCCAUGGGAUCUCAAACGACGUCGUUUCUCAGCAACAACAACGAUGAAGGUGAGAAGAGCAAUAGUUGUUACCGCAAUUCCUCAGAUGUGAUUGCAUCGGUGACCGGAAAGUCGAGAUCGAAGAGGGCGGCGGCGGUUGAAGGGUCACCGGCGGGGGAGGGAGGAGUACGGAGGUGCAGCCACUGCGCAUCGGAGAAGACGCCGCAAUGGCGAACAGGACCGCUGGGGCCGAAGACACUCUGCAACGCGUGCGGUGUGAGGUUCAAGUCGGGUCGGCUCGUGCCGGAAUACCGACCCGCCGCGAGCCCCACGUUCGUGCUGUCUCAGCACUCGAACUCUCACCGCAAAGUCAUGGAACUCCGUCGUCAGAAGGAGCUGAUCCGCCACCAACAACAGCCGCAGCAGCAGCAGCAGCAGUGCUAUCUUCACAAGCAAGAUUUCAAAGUGUGCUGACGUGUCCAUUGUCGGUGCUCUCUCUUUGUUUUUUAUUUUUUUUAUAUAUGGCUACUAUAUUAGGUGUGUAUCAAUAUCAUUAUUUACCCAAUGUGUUGCUCAAUAAUCGUUACCAAGUUACCCCCAACGGUGAAACAGAAUUAUUUGUUUCGUGGGUUUUUUUAGGGUUCUUUGAUGUUUGUUACAUAGGAGGCUCUAUGAUUUGAAAAAUUGAGUAAAAUUAAAUUUUGGGUUUCUUCUCUAAUUAACAUUUCCCCUUAUGUCCCCAAAGGUUCGCUCUAGGGGAUAUAAGAGUUGGGGAGAUGAUGGUGAAAUGUUCAGGGUUCGAACCGUGAGGAGAAACUAAUUUACUAACAUUACUAAUAAUUAACAUUUGUUUAUAAAAAAUAGAUACAUUCCCCUGAUUUCA